CAUUUUCCUCACACAAUUGACAAUUCUGCUAAACCCCCAAAAAACACUCAUUUUCUCAUCUGAUCAAAUAUGGCAGGAAUCAUCCACAAAAUUGAGGAGAAACUCCACAUCGGAGGAGGCCACAAGGAAGAAGAACACAAAAAGGAGGAACACAAGGGAGAAGGACACAAGAAGGAGGAGCACAAGGAAGGAUUUGUUGAGAAGAUAAAAGACAAGAUCCAUGGAGAAGAAAGUGGAGAGCAUCACAAGGAUGGAAAAGAGAAGAAGAAGAAGAAAGACAAAAAGGAGAAGAAGGAGAAAAAGCAUGAUGGACAUGAUAGUAGCAGCAGCAGCGACAGUGAUUAGAUCUGAUCUGAGCGCAUCUGAACAGAUUGAUUUCCUAUUUACCUAACAACAUUUCAACUAUAGUAUUUUCUGCUAUAGAUCUAUCUAUCUAUGUGAGAAAAACCAGAAAAAUGAA